AAUAAUCAGACAUUUUCCUCUUUCAAGCUCUAUUUCUCUCUCUCCCUCCCUCCAUCAAACACAAAUAACAAGAGCAGAAAAACAAGGUUUGACUCAGAGUUAGAUCCUUAGAUCUAAGGACCUCUCAAUAUUUACCUGUAAGUUUUGUUCUUUUCUUGUUUUAUUUCAAGAUCCAUUCAUUUUUGUUGUCUUUGUUUCUAUAUAUAUGCAAUGGAUAGCAAUUACACACCUUUGCCAAAGACUUCAUACGUAGAAUUACAAUUGCACCACGAUCCUGAAACCCCAAUAUACCCAAGAAAAACCCACCUCCAAUUUGAUGGUGGGGACAAUUAUAAGGAUUCCAAAAUGGAGAAUCGUAAAGCUGUAGGUGAUGAUAUGGGCGAUGACGAUGAUGGUGAUGAUUUGGAUCUUGAUAAUUACCCAUUUGUUGUUUCUAAAUCCAAUCAAGAGUCUGGUGUUUAUGGUGCGGUUUUUAAUCUCGCUACGUCAAUUAUCGGGGCUGGGAUCAUGGCUUUACCAGCUACAAUGAAGGUUCUUGGAUUGGUUUUGGGGGUUAUUUUGAUUGUUCUGAUGGGCAUUGUGUCUGAAAUUAGUGUGGAAUUGUUGGUUAGGUUUUCGGUACUUUGUAAGGCUUCUUCAUAUGGUGAAGUUGUUGAAAGUGCUUUAGGAAAAACUGCUAAGAUUCUGUCUGAGAUUUGCAUAAUUGUGAACAAUGGAGGUUUUAUGGUUGUGUAUUUGAUAAUUCUGGGUGACGUUUUGUCGGGAUCGCCCCAUCAUUUGGGGGUUUUUGAUCAAUGGUUGGGGAACGGGAUGUGGGAUCAAAGGAAGUUGCUUAUUUUGAUUGUGGUGGUGAUUUUUCUUGCACCACUUUGUGCACUGGACAAGAUUGAUUCGCUAAGCAUGACUUCAGCUGCUUCGGUGGCUUUAGCUGUUGUCUUUGUUGUUGUGUGUUUUAUUGUUGCUUUUAUUAAGCUGGUUGAAGGGAAAAUUGAGUCUCCAAGGAUGGCUCCUGAUUUUAGUUCGAAGAAAGCCAUUCUGGAUUUGCUUGUGGUGAUUCCCAUUAUGACAAAUGCCUAUGUUUGCCAUUUUAAUGUUCAGCCUAUAUAUAAUGAACUCGAAGGGCGGUCACCUCAGAAGAUGAAUCGUGUGGGGAGAAUCACGACUGUUCUUUGCAUUGGAAUUUACAUUUCAACUGCAGUAUCAGGUUAUUUACUCUUUGGGAAGGAUACUGAAUCUGAUGUAUUGACCAAUUUCGAUGUAGACCUUGGGGUUCCUUUUAGCACUGCCCUGGAUUAUAUUGUCAGGAUUGGUUAUGUAUUACACUUGGUUCUUGUUUUUCCUGUUAUUCAUUUCUCUUUAAGGCAAACAGUGGAUGCCAUGUUAUUUGAAGGAUCACCUCCACUUUCUGAGAGUCGAAAGAGAUCUUUGGCAUUAACAGCAGUGCUAUUGGGACUCACUUAUUUUGGCUCUACCAUGAUUCCCAACAUUUGGACAGCUUUCAAAUUUACAGGAGCAACUACGGCAGUAUCAUUAGGUUUUAUAUUUCCAUCUCUUGUUGCAUUGAGAUUGGACCAACGAGGAGAGAGUUUGAGCCAUGGAGAGAAGCUCUUGUCAUGGUUUAUGUUAAUUAUGGCAAUAAUUGUUGGAAUUGUGGGAGUAAUUGGAAAUGUUUAUAGCCUCAAAGGUCAAUCCAAAUGAUGUUUUGUAGCGAGUUCCUACCGGUUUCUUCCAUGGAGAACAUUUUUAUCAAAGUUUACACGAGGUCAAACGGAUCAUACUUUCUCUGUUUUCAUGUUUCUCAAAGUGCCUAUCCUUUAACAAUUGAAUCAAAUUGGGAAAAUCGUUGGACAAUUGUCGAAAUAUUAUAUCAGAUUUGCAAUUACACCAGCAGGUUCGCGCAGAAGCUUCAAAUGUUUCACAUACAAUGACUUCCCAAAGCAACUGCGACGUGCUGGUUUAGCAUAAGAAGAAUGAUUGGGGAAGACACUGUAUGGACAACAGCCACAUGUUAAGUUGAUCGAAAUAUACACAUUUCAGUUGAUGCAGCAUUUCUUUUACCAUUAAUGUUAAAUCUGUAUACUGUAACAGCAAUUUUUUUACGAGGAUAUUUAUAAACAUAAGGAGGCAUUCUAAAUGAAUGUUUUUUGUUUAAUUUAUUCUGAUGAUUUUCUCCUCAUA